AUGUGCAGUCGCUGCAAGCGGGACGUGCUACAGCCGGGCAGCAAGACGCGUGAGCGCGACCGCGAGCGCCGACGUGCGGGCUUGCUCACGUACGGUGAUGACGUCGCCUUCCUGUUCCGCACCACAAGUGGCGCGAGCGUGAUCCGGUUCGGAAAGACGCAGCGCAUCACGUGCAAGUGCCUGGCCACACGAAAGCUUGAGCACGCUGCGUAUGGCGGGAUCGAUGUGCGAGCGGCCGCGGCCGAGCAGGAGGUGCAGAUCCUACUGCUAUGGUACGGGCGGACGGCGCCGUGCUCGUACACGUUCGAUGGCAGAGUUAGCCACGGGCAGGACAUGCAGUACCGAGCGACUGCGAUGCUCGGGUUCGUUGAGUUCGAUUACGACGAUGCCACCAGGCGGCUCACGCUGCCCGAGGCUCAGCUGCGCUCGCUGCGUGCGCGCGCCGUCGCCCUCGCGACUCACGCGGCUAGCGCGCCGGACGUCAACAACAACCCAUUCGAGUACUACACCACGCUCGCCGACCCUCGGUACGAGCAGCUCAUGGUGGCGGUGGGCGAGCUGAUCGACGCGCCAGGCGAGCGCGAUGUGCCCGUUCGCUCUGUCUUCACGCAGCCCAUGUUCGAGAAGCUCAAGGCCUCGAUGGCGGCGCAGGGGUGGGCGGGGAUCGAUGCCGUCGAGGAGGUUUGGGAGAGCGACCUCGCCAGCCGGCCGAUCGUGUCUGGCUUUCUCAAGGACAAGGAGAUCGGCGCCAAGCGGCUGGCGUCGAUGCCUGACCGCUUCACAAACACCAUCAACACGGAGGACGGGCGCACCGUCUGCCGCCCCACCGUCAUCAACAACUACGACGUGCCGAUGCCCGACGGAGACGCGUGGUUUGCGCAGUGGCACGCCUUCUUCUUCGAGGCGCCGCUGCUCGCCAAGUCGGGCGCCGCGGCGCCGCGCCUGCCGUGCGCCAUGCUCUCGCCGAUCAAGCGCUCCAAGUACGCCGACGUCGACCUCCUCUUCCUGCAGGAGGUGCUCGAGCCACGCGACUGCGAUGCGGUGCGCGACCAGAACUCGCUCAUCCUCGUCGCGAAGCGCCUGCUCGCCGGCCCGGCGGGCGAGGCGCUGUCAGAGGUCGAGCUGGGCGCCGAGGCGCUGAGUGGCGCGCUUGCGACGGGGCGCAGGGGCCGCGGCGCACCGGUGGCAGAGGGCGACCUCUGCGUCUUCCGCGCCAGGCUUGAGCUCGGCGGCGAAGGCGGCGCCACCGAGCUGCUCCUCGCGUCGUUCCACGGCGACACGAACGGCCUCGCGUCGACGCCGGUGGCGGCGGGCCUUCCCCUCCUCGUGGGCAUCGACGCGAACACCUACCUGACACGCGACCCAAAGGGCGGCAAGAAGUUCGUCGGCGACCCGCGCGGCGACUUUGUGGCCGAGUGCGCGUCGGGUGAGGCGCCGCUGGCGCACUCGUGGCAGGGGCGAGCUCACCGGAAGGGCUGGCAGACGACCUACAACGCGCGCACCUACCUGCAGCCGCAACUCAACAAGGCGGUGCGCUACGCCGAGCGCGCCACCUCCAGCCUCGCCGACAACAACCCGAAGGACUUCCUCCUCUACUCGGAGGGCGCGUUUGAGGGCGCGGGCGCGUGCGCGCGCGACAACACGGGGCAGGGGAGCUACGUCGAAGGCCUUCCCCGCCGUCAUCGCGUCGCGAGAGCCCGACCGCCGCUCACCCCCAGGAGUGCCCCGACGCUUUCUCGAGUAGGCACGAGCAUUCCGACGCUCACCUUCCCCAGCGACCACUGCAUCGUGUCAACCACACUGCGGUUGCGGUGA